UACAGCCCACUUUAAAAACCCGUCAAAACCGACUCACGGGCUCCAAGUCAAUGAGAAUAACGGCAGUAAUUCAUACCGGACGGUCCUCCCAUCCCCGUCCUCAAGUUUUGUGGUGUUAUAUGUUUUAUCUGAUGUAACCUACGGGGAGAGCUUCAUCUGAAGGACAUUUCUCAAUAAUCUGCCAUCACAGAAAAUCUGUCCGGGAAACAAGGGACAGACACAGUUUCUCUAUAGAUCUUUCUCUCUAACACACACACACACUUGAAGACUGAGAAUAAUCGUUCUGAAAGCAUGGAGCCUGCCGAGAUGAACACUAUCCCCAAUGGGAAGGGGCACGAAGCUGGUGAAGAGACAACUGCGACUGCAAUAAAAAGCCAAUCAGAAGAUGCUGCUCAGGAACUUGUACCAAAUAGCACAGAAAAUGUCAGUACUGACAGAACUCCAGGUAAUGCAGAGGCAAACCUGCCAGAAAGCUCAGAGUUCCUGUCCAAUGUAGAUGACAAGAAAACCCCUCGCUUCACGGAUUUUGAGGGAAAGACUUCUUUUGGGAUGUCCGUCUUCAACUUGGGAAACGCCAUCAUGGGAAGUGGAAUUCUGGGAUUAGCGUAUGCCAUGGCUAACACGGGCAUUGUCCUCUUUAUAAUUCUUCUCACUGCUGUUGCUGGCCUGUCUUCAUACUCCAUUCACCUGCUGCUAAAAUCUUCAGGCAUUGUGGGCAUUAGAGCUUAUGAACAACUGGGCUUCCGAGCCUUCGGCACACCAGGCAAGAUGGCUGCCGGCAUUGCAAUCACCCUGCAGAACAUUGGAGCCAUGUCCAGCUACUUGUAUAUAGUGAAGUACGAGUUUCCACUGGUUAUCCAGGCGUUUCUCAAGGUGGACAGUACAUCAGGGGAGUGGUUUGUAAACGGAAACUACCUGGUCGUCAUUGUAUCAUGCAGUGUCAUCUUGCCGCUAGCUUUAAUGAAGCAGCUCGGGUACCUGGGCUACACCAGCGGUUUCUCUCUCAGUUGUAUGGUCUUCUUCCUUAUUUCGGUGAUCUAUAAGAAGUUCCAGGUGAAAUGUCCUUUUGAGGACUUUUCCCAUAACAGGACGUUGGUGGGCUUUAACACAAGUAUCGCGUCUGACCACGGAGGAGUGGAGAUGACCCCUGAGGGUGACCCUGCCUGCACCCCUCACCUCUUUAACAUGAACUCGCAGACGGCCUACACGGUUCCCAUCCUGGCAUUUGCGUUCGUGUGCCACCCCGAGGUGCUGCCAAUUUACACGGAGCUGCGCAACCCCACAAAGACAAAGAUGCAACACGUCUCCAACAUCUCCAUUGCGGUCAUGUACAUCAUGUACCUCCUGGCUGCCCUGUUUGGAUAUCUGACCUUCAUCGAUAAAGUGGAAGCCGAGCUGUUGCACACCUACAGUCGAAUUGACCCGUAUGACACACUCAUCCUGUGCGUUCGUCUAGCUGUGCUGACUGCCGUCACACUCACUGUACCCAUCGUGCUGUUUCCUGUAAGGAGAGCAAUUCAGCAGAUGUUCUUCGCAAAUAAAACUUUCUGGUGGCCACGUCACAUUGCCAUAGCUGUCUGCCUCCUCACCCUCAUCAACUUACUGGUCAUCUUCGCCCCAAACAUCCUGGGCAUCUUCGGGAUCAUCGGUGCCACAUCCGCGCCGUGCCUCAUCUUUAUAUUUCCUGCUGUGUUUUACAUCCGCAUUGUUCCCGAGGAAGAUGAACCCAUGCGCUCACCGCCGAAAAUCCUUGCUGCUUGCUUCGCCAUUUUAGGAGUCUUAUUUAUGAUAAUGAGCCUGAGCUUCAUCAUCAUUGAUUGGACGUCAGGGAGCAGCAAAGGAAACAGUGGUCAUUAGACCUCAUCCUCUAAUGGUUAAUGCUUUUUCAUUUUAUUUUCGGGUCAGUAGUUGGGGAGGAUGCAGAAUCUCUCACUAGAUCAGUCAGUGAUCAGUCACUAGAUUCCUAGCUUUAGUUGCAUUCAAUCAAUGCAUUAUUUGGCCUUGUGACCUGCAUGUGCUGUAAAUGGGGUGUUGACCCAUCUCAGGCCGGCAUUAAUUCCAUUUAAAGUCAUGAAAGGGCAUGUAAAUAUUAAUUUUAAAGCUUGAUAUGUGGGGAGAAGAUGACCAGAACUAGAAAAUCAAAAGCCCAUAAUAGUCAGUAUGUGCUAUAGUAACAGCACAUGCAGUAUGCAGGGUUUGCAAACUAAAGGGAUUUUGCAUUCUAACCAAACGGACUCAUCAGCUGGUCCAACCUCCCAUCCAUCCCUCAAUAUCAUGACCUUUCACCUUUACCCCUUGGCCAUAUUCACAAGAGAUUAGAAUCACAGAAAGUGCUCAGUUCUGAUGGGAGGAUUGGUGGUUAUUAAAGUGUUUAUUUGAUCAUAUCUCAUGUUAGAAAUAGCAAUACUCUGUGCAAAAGCUGUGAGAUAUCUGACACUGAAGGCUGUUGAGAGGCAACACACGACCUCAUCCAGAAUCCAGACUCGAUUUGGCUGCAGUCUAUUACACAAUUUCAAAUUUAUGCAAAUUGUACGUAUAGAACAGAUGUACAUGUCACAUUUUUAUAUGGAUUUAUAAUGUUUAUCCUUUCUACAAUAUUUAGAGACAAAUUUAUUAGCAGGUAUAUGAGCAUACAUAUAUAUGAUAUAGAAAAUAGAAGAGUAUUCCAAUUCAUCUGGUCCUCUCAAGGAUAUCUAUCACAUCCCUUUACAAUUUAACUAUUCAGCUUAAAUGCCAUCUUUAAAAGAUUCAGAUCUAAAAAAAUUAUGGUGAAAGGCACGUUUUGAAUAUUUUAAUGAAUACUGCUGGUUGCAAUGGGAAAGCACAGAUUGGAAAGCACAGUUAAUCAUAGGGUCAGUAUGUAAUGGUCCCAUGAGUCCUAUACUGACAGACUGAUUUUAAAAGACUCUCUGGAUUUAUAUGCAGAGAAAAACAAAAAAACAAAAAAACAAAAACAUUCACAGGGUCUUCUCCUUGAUUGGAGAAACAAAUAUUGUGCAUUGGUGCGCAUAAACGUUUUAGUUCCAGGGCAAAUGGCGUACAUGUGGUAAAUGUUGCUCAGUGGAAAGCUGAUCGUAUUAAAGUUUUGCUUCUAGUUAUGCUAUUAACCGAACCAGUCGGAUGAUUUCGGAGAUCGGUUCCCGAUCACAAGGUCAUUUGGCGAUUAUUGAAAGAAACCUUAAACUGUAGCACUUUCAUUUGAAGCACAACUUCCGCUCAAUCUCUUGACCUAGUGACCCAGUUACAACUUAAUCAUGACAUCGUGACAGUUUGACAUAAUCAUAGAUUAAUAAUAUAUUUUGUAGACAGAUAUAUGAACAAAGCAUAUGUAUUACUAACUGUAAAUUGUUUGAAGAAGAAAAAACAAGUAAUGUGUGGAUGUUUAACAUGGUACAUCAUGAAUAUUUUAAUCUUUGUAAUUGAAACUCGUCAUCCUAAAAUACUAUAAAUCAAGCACUUACUGGCCCAUAAUGAUCUAAGUGGUAACACUGUGGUGUUUCAUUGUGUGUGAAUGUGUGCGUUCUCUCCUCUUUAUGCUUACGGAGAAAGAAUAUUUCAGUCAGUGAAUGUACUGUAAUGGACUGUCUAAAUGAGAUGUGCAUUUAAAUUGUGGUACUUUUUAAUUCAUUUUGUCUGUUUAAUUAAUGUUUAAUGGAUAGGCCAGCCACACAUAUAAAUAAAUCAUCAUAUCUGUGAACCAG